CGAGAGACGGUGGAGUGUGAGGAACGAGCUGUGCGUAAAUACGCUCAGAGUGUGUGCAUGUGUCGGUGUUGGGAGAGUUGGAGAGCCCGCAGCGCGCUGACAGACAGGAGCGUCUCCAGAUGAGCCUUCAGAGAGGAGGAAGAACCAGCGGAGAUCUUCUUCACUUUGGCUUUUAUUGACUUGUUAUCCACGCUCCUUUUUUUCCCUGGCUGGCUCAGCGGUAGAGGAAAACAAACAUUAAGAAGAGAAAGAAGAAGAAAGGUCCGAUUCAGCCCGAGCGGCUCCAGAAUUUUAGUAUUUUUAGCAUCCCUCUUUUCCCCCUCUCCCCGUCCCUUCUGAGUGCGGAGUGGCGGAGGGAGGGACGGGAGAACCGGGCGGACACACUGCGCGCCUCCCCGGUGGAUGAGCCACUGGAUGCGGGACGAUGGAUUAACAGCCCUCCCCGGAGCCCGCAGCUGCUUCUUUUUCCACCGCCGACCCCCUGUCCACCUCGGGAUUAUUUCAGCACUCUCUGACCUCCCCGACCUCCCUUUCGAGAUGACCGAGGAGUAUGUGUUGCGGUGCGUCCUGAUGCUCUGCUGCGCGCUGCUCUCGGCCAACGCGAGCAACUGGCUGUACCUGGCCAAGCUGUCGUCAGUGGGAAGCAUCAGGGAUGAGGAGACGUGCGAGAGGUUACGAGGUCUCAUCCAGAGACAGGUCCAGAUCUGUAAGCGCAGUGUGGAGGUGAUGGAUGCGGUGCGUCGUGGAGCCCAGCUGGCGAUAGACGAGUGUCAGUUCCAGUUUCGCAACCGUCGAUGGAACUGCUCCACGCUGGAGACCAUGCCGGUGUUUGGCAAAAUUGUCACGCAGGGCACCCGUGAGGCAGCCUUUGUGUAUGCCAUCUCAGCAGCCAGUGUGGCGUUUGCGGUAACGAGGGCCUGCAGCAGCGGAGAGCUGGAAAAAUGUGGCUGUGACCACAAUGUACAUGGAGUCAGUCCAGAGGGGUUCCAGUGGUCGGGCUGCAGCGAUAACAUUGCAUAUGGAGUGGCCUUCUCCCAGUCAUUUGUGGACGUGAGGGAGAGGAGUAAAGGCCAGUCCGCCAACCGGGCUCUCAUGAACCUGCACAACAACGAGGCCGGCAGGAAGGCCAUCCUGUCCCACAUGCGUGUGGAGUGCAAAUGUCACGGCGUGUCCGGCUCCUGCGAGGUGAAGACCUGCUGGAAAGCCAUGCCGCCCUUCCGCAAAGUGGGCAACGUCAUCAAGGAGAAGUUUGACGGUGCCACUGAGGUGGAGCUGCGCAAGGUUGGCACCACCAAGGUCCUGGUGCCUCGAAACUCCCAGUUCAAACCGCACACAGACGAAGAUCUGGUCUACCUGGAACCCAGUCCGGACUUCUGCGUACACGAUCCCCACACGCCGGGUAUGCUGGGCACGGUCGGGCGGCAGUGCAACCGAACGUCAAAGGCCAUCGACGGCUGCGAGUUGAUGUGCUGCAGCCGGGGCUUCCAGACGCAGGAGGUGGAGGUGGUGGACAGGUGCAGCUGUAAGUUCCACUGGUGCUGUUACGUCAAAUGCAAACAGUGCCGCAAAAUGGUGGAGAUGCACACUUGCCGGUGAUGGGAGCGGGGGGCAAAGAGAACAAAACAAAAACGCCCCACACUCUGAGGAAAGAGAGGGAUCAAGGAGGACUGUUGAACCUCCCUCUUCUCCUGCUUGAAACCACCCCACCCUCCCACUACUGGAAACAGACUUUGUGGUCGUCCUAUUCAUGUUACGCCACCUUAACGGAUAGAUUAUGCAUGGGAUUUGCUCCAGAGCUCCAGAGGCAGUUCUUCUCAAGUAGAGAGCAUCUUUUACUUCCUGUCUCCCUCCCUCAUGUGCUUUGUCAUUGAUUGCUUCUUAUUUUUUGUAUUGUUUAACUUAUUUGUUGAGACUGAGGAGAUGGACGGGAGCGUGGACCUAAGAAGGAGGAGAUAAUAAGGGAUGAACUGGACCCAUGGGUGGGGUUAAAGGGUUAGGGUUGGGGUCAAGAGGAGGGUUGUUUUUGCCCUCUAUCCUUGCUGCUUCUGCUGCUGCUGCUUCGGGGACUCACUUGGGAGUGCUGGAUGUCAAAAAGGGAGACGCCAAGUCUGUCAGAGGACGGACUUGACCAACAAAGGGACAAACGUGUCGUAACUUUCUGUGAUUUGCUUCUUGUGUGUACAUGGCUGUGUCGCGCUGAGGUUCGGUUGCUUGUGAGUCAUUUAUUUUGCCCCCUGCAAUGCCCUGAUGCUGCUCCACUCACGCAAAGACACUCACACUAACACUCUCACACACAAACACACACACACACACA